GUCAAAGUUCCGCGAGUAACGGCAGCAGCAAGCGGCGGAGAAUGGCGAAGAUCUGCGGCAUUAUACUGUUCGUAGCGCUGAUUCUGGCGAUACUGAACACUUCAGCGUCUGAAGGACAACAGAAGAAAAUCAGACAGAAGAGAGAGUGGAUUAUCCCACCACACAAACUGAGGGAAAAUUUCGAUUAUACGUAUCGGGAAUACAUAGCCAAAAUCCGUUCAGAUGAGGAGACCAGGACGAGUAUACGAUAUUCACUGACUGGAUCUGGUGCUGACCAGCCACCCUUUAACUUGUUCACUGUUAAUAGAGAGACUGGCUUGGUCAAGAUCCACGGAGUGUUAGACAGAGAGAAAACUCCCAUUUAUUAUCUCCGAGGGGUUGCCAGGUUUCUGAAUGGCAGUCAUGCUGAGAAAGAUAUUGAUUUGAGAAUCGUGGUGGAGGAUGAGAACGAUAAUGCUCCUGUGUUUAACCUGACAACCGGAGCUGUUUAUGAGCAGAGCGCAAUAGCUGAGUUUGUAACGAUGGUCACCGCAACAGACGCAGAUCAAGAAGGAACUCUGCAUACAAAAAUCGCCUACAGCAUUGUUAAACAGCAUCCCGAGAACAUGUUCUACAUUAAUCGAGAAACUGGUGGGAUACAUCGUCUCUGCAAAACCUGCAUUACAUUCUGA